AUGGAAUUUAAAGUAUCCCCAUUGACGAAAAUUAUCUCUCUGUCAGGGUUCUUGGCAUUAGGUUUUCUUUUAGUCAUUUUAAGUUGCGCAUUAUUCCAUAACUACUAUCCAUUAUAUGAUAUACUCGUGUUCAUAUUAGCACCAGUGCCAAAUGCCAUCUUUGGAGGAAGAAGUUAUGGAUCUUCAGAUUUUAUGUCAGAUUCCUCAAAUAAUGGGAAAGAUCUAGGUCAUUUUUUUACAGGAAUGUUUGUAACAAGUGGUAUUUUGAUGCCAGUGAUAUUUUACCAUUGUCAAUUGAUUGGGUCCGUAAGCUGCGCCAUGAGUAUGAUCGGUGGACUGAUCAUUUAUUCGAGCAUUGUGAUAUUUUCAUGGUUCUUCCACAGCAGUUGGGAUAAUGAAGAAGAUAAUUUGUUCGGUUAA